UCAGGCAAAAUGAUAUUAAUAAUAAUAAAAAGAAUAUUAACAGUGAGUAUUUGGAGCAAAUUUUACAGAAGAUGAAUUUAGGAAACAUGGAAGUGAUUCUUUACUUUCCGUUUGAUUUUUAAUGGUCGUUGGUCUAUUUCUUAUAAAAGACAUGAGUCGACGAGUGAGAAGCUUAGAGUCUAUACAGACGAGUCGGUGAAUUGCAAUAUAACAUAGAAGCACACAAAACGGGCUGUCUAUUUUGAGUAUGUCUAAUUCCGUACGCAUGAUGGCAUACGUUAAACUGUGAGAUUGGAGAUCGAGUUUGGUACAUGUAUAUGUGUAUAAGUGGCUCCGGAAAAGUUGAGCCAAGUCACACAGUCGUUUAGAUACUGCGGAACUACCAAGAAGAUUCAGGUGCUCUUCUUCGUCAUCAUCAUCAUCAUCAUCAUCAUCAUCGUGCAAAUAUUGAUCUGCCAACUCAGUCCAGUUUCUCGAGUAUCUUUCUUCGUCAUGUCGGAAAUUCAAGGCGUUAAAUCUAUCAACGAGGUAGCAGAGGAUGAUGAUAAGAAUCUAGUGUCAGCUAUCAGUAAUAAAUCAGUGGAUCAUCAGCGGCCAGAAGAAGAAGAAGAUCAUCAGGCGAGAAAUCUACAAAAUGCCCAGGAGACUUCAUCAGAGAUGAUGAGGGCCCUCGAGGACAUCGGAAAAACACUGGACAUUCAACAACACGAACCAAAGGAUCAAACUCCAAAGAGAGCCGAAGUGGUUGGAAGAUCAGUUGGUGAGUGCAAGAAUAUAUUGCCCAUAUUAGUAGAACAUUUACGCUCGGCUCUUGAGUUAAGUGCUGACAGUUCAAACCGCAGUAUUGCCAACGCCGAGUCACUGGCCCUCGAUCCGCUGAGCCGUUGCAAUUCUCAAUACGAAUCUGAAACUAAGCUGCCAUUAUCACUUCAAACAAUGGAUUUGAAUUUCUUUGGAGAUCUUCUUGUCUCUGAUAUUAAAACUGCAUUGGUACGUCUUCAGGAAAUACUUUGUCGUGUUAAUGGUGAUGCUUUAAGCCGAUACAGUUCAACUCUAGAACCGAGUGAUAGACUGAAUCUUCUUCAACUUAUUUCCAAUCUUGUGGCUAAUUUGAAAAAUGCAAAUAUGGAAGAUUUACCGCAACAACCACCAUCUACGAUUAAUUCUGUACCGACGGUAGUAAAAAAAAAACAAAGUUUAAGACGUAGAGACAGGCAUACUAUUGGAGUGAGUAGUGAAGAGCUUGCAAGAGCUAGAAAAUGGUUGGAAGAAAGAGGAACAGGUAUUUCGUUAAUUUCUCAACGACUUUCUCUUGCACCUCAAACAAUUCAGUUGGAAAAUUUAAAUAUCACAAAAGAAGAAAUAAAAGAGAAGGCUUUUGAAAACUCUCGAGCAUGUGACAAACAUAUGAAGGACGCAAUAAAUCAACAACAGUCGCUCCAUAGCAAGAGUAAAGACAUCGAGGUCAAUCCAAUACCAGCUAAACAUGAAUCAAAAGAGACUAAAGUAAUGAAUGGUAGUAUUGCAGAAAAAUUGAACGAGGCUAUUGAUGUCAUUGAACCUUCUACAUUCAUCAAUAAGUGUAAUAAAUUUUCAGCAAAAAAGUUCAAGAUUAAACGUGCAAAUACCAUUGAUAUUCCAAAUUAUUUAAAACUUCAAGCACAAAAAUCUCAAUCAACUAGUCCUGGUCUCAAGAGACCAAUUGAUAUUAGUGAUCGGUUGUCUUGGAAUGCUUCUCACACUUCCAAUAUCAUUCCUUCUUUUGAACCAAAAACUGAAAAUGAUCGUAAAUUUCUUGCACUUAUUAAUCGAAAUAAUGAAACUAAUGGGAAUACGAUUGUAAAUCAACCUUUUAAGAGCUUCAAUUAUCGACAAACCAGUUCAAUAGCUGACAAAAAUUGGAAGAGUCGAUUCUCUAAUAUUAAAACUACAUUUGACAAGCCGUUAUUACCUGUUUCUGCUGAUGAAUCAUCACGAAGAAGUUCUAGAGAUGAUGGUAUAGAAAGUUUCACUAAAGAUCGAGAAAAGGGGAAAAUUUUAGUGGCAUCUUUAAGAUCUAAUAAACUUAGAGAAAUACCUUCAAGUUUACAUAAUUUUUCUUCUGGAAAAUUGCCCAUUUUCAAUCAUGCUGCUACCUCACCUUUUCAAAAAAUUCAUAGCCUACAAAAAAAUAUCAACAAAGAUACAGAAAAACCUUUAUCUUCAUUUUAUCUUCCAGCUUGUGCUUCUAAUGGAAUGUUAAGGGCCAAAAUGAAAAUGUUUGAUCAGGAAUCUGUUGAAUCAUCAUCAUCUUCGUCAUCUUUACCACUAGUACAAUUAAGUGGACGUCCCAAUGUUAAUAGAAAACCUGAAAAAAUUCUAAAAAGUGAAGAAUUAAAUGAUAGUUCGAUUAAACAGCAUAAUAACAUUGUUCAUCACGAUGUAUACGAUAAAAAUCGACAAUAUGCAGUGUUUAAUAAUAAUGAUAACAUUAAAAUAAAUAUUACCGAAAUGCAACGACGACAAAGUGUUGCAGUACAAACGAAUAAUGAUUUAAUUCAAGCAAAUAAUAUAGAGAAUGAACAACAUGACUCAUCGAUCAUUCCUCGACAAAUCUGUUCACAUCCUUCACAGACGUAUCAACCACUUGUGCCAAAAAUUUUCUAUCCUGAGAGUGACUAUUCAAUCUAUGUACCAUCUAAAUCAGCGCCAAGAGAAUUAGAAUUUUUUGUCGAUUCUUCAAUGAAUAAUAAGAACGAUAAAAAACCUUGGAACUGUGAUUCAAUUAAUAGAGAUUACACUACAAAUGAUGAUACAUCAGAUCAUUUAUUUAUGGAUCAAAAUAUUGAGAAUCAAGACAUUAGUGAAAAUCGAAUUAUUACCAGAUAUACUAGUGCUAUUGGGACUAUGGAGGAUUCGCCAUCUUUAAGUCCAACAUCUUCAGUACAACAUUUUACCCCUGUUUUAUCUCCCAACUGUCAUCAUGAAACUAUAUCAACACCUCAAUCAGUGAUUCUUCACAAUGAUGUUCAAAGACACAAUAUGCUGCAACAAAGUCUAAUUCGUCAUUUUCAACAUCAAAAUGAUGAACAAAAUAAAUGUAAUCAGGUUUUAAAUACAAGCCAAAGAAAUAAAAAUACUCAAUCCAAUCAAGACAAUAAUUUUUUGCCAAUUGUUCAUCCAAUACAAACUUUUAAUGAUCGAGAAUCAUAUGAACCAUUAAUAGAAUAUCAUAAUACUCAAGAAAAAAUUAAUAUAUUUGAAUCAAAAUCUCAUAAUAUUAACAGAAAUAAACCAGAGGCUCUGAUGCUUCCUACGCUUCAAUAUGUAUCUACAGUACUACCGAAAAUUAAUGUUGUUAGUCCACCGCACAUUCAACCAUUAGGGUUUACUAGUGCACAGAUAACCACACCUAUUCUGAAGAAGUAUUCAACCAAUCCAGUUGAUUCUAGUGAUGAGUACUUGGUUUCAUGUGCUAAUAAACCUCACAGAUCGAUUGUUUUAUCCAAAUCUGAGUCUUGGCAUCAAUUAGCAUUAUCUAAAAAUCAUCUUCAAGUUCCGCCACCAAAUCAUCCACCUCACAAACCACCUAGAAUAAGUGCUCAAACUUCCAAACAUAUUGAACCUUUAUCUGAUACUUUUAAAAAAAUGGAAAAAGUUCAGAGUUAUUUUAUAAAUGAUCAAAAACAUAGAGAAUCAAAAAAUCGUCGAUCAUUUUCUCCUAAACAGACUCAGGGAGUACUUUCAAGAAGUCACACAAUGCCUCAUAUUUUCGAUGACGCGUCAGAAGUUGAUAAAGCAUUCGACAGUUUAUUUGAAGAAACUAUCCGUGAUAAUCGACAUUAAUAUUUCUUAAGAAUUUUAUUAUUACAUAAAAUCGUUAUUAAGAGUUGUAAAAAUGAAUAUUAAAUUAAAUUGUAAUUAAAUUAA